GGAUGUAAUAUCUAGUGAACGACCGCAUUCAUCCUUUAUAGAGUCAGAACUUAAAAACAAAAGGGAGAGGGAUUUCGAGAUACAAGUAAUGUCCCACGACAAGAGGAAUACUCUAAAAAAGGCUGGAAUGACUGAAGACUCCUCAGAUCCGCUCUCCACUAUCUUCGGCUCAGUGGUGGCAUUCAGGCCUUCCUCUGUUCACCAGCAGGUUCAAGGUGAGAUAGAGAGCACAAGAGGAAUAAAGAGACCUGCCCCAGGAUCUGGGUCCUUCCAUUUCUCCAUCAACACUGCCAAAAACCGAGAUGGAGAGAGACCCCGAUCGGGCAGUUUUGCGGGAAUGCUGGAACAAGCUGAUGCCAGGCACAAGACUACAGGGGGAACAGAGGACAAACCCUUUUCAAGCUCGAGGGAAAAGGAGGAAUUUAGAGACUUACAACCCAGAGGGAGCCCAUUUUCUGUGGGAAGACCGAAACAAGAGGGAGCUCCACCCAAAAGCUCAGUACUUCCAUGGGACAGGAGAGACAGCCUCAAAAGGACAGAAUUGGCGACAGCAUCUAAAAACACGGCUACAGAUACAGGCACCGUAGAGAGGGAGGAGGUGGACAGCAGCCAGGAGGAGGUGGAAGAGGCAGUGGAAGCACAGGAGGUCCAGGAGGAAGAGGGAAAGACGGCGUUCGGUGUUAAAUUACGCUCAACAUCUCAGUCGAUGAGAUUUCGGGCUGAUGCUGCUUCGAACCAUCUUUCUAAGCCAGCAGUGUGUGAAGACCAAUGUGACAAACAGAAAAGACAGGAAAUAAGUGAUAAUGUUGGCUACAUGUCUAAAAAGCUGCCAUCAAACUUCUCUUGUACGCCAUCCACCUCUGGAGAUGUCCAAGUGACAGAUCCAACCCCGUCUGGCUUCUCCCUUCCAGUCAAGAAUAACCUCCCAUCUACUGGCGAAGCUCACAUCACGCCUGCAGAAGUCCAAGCAACCUCGUCAGAGGCGAGAGAAGUAGAAACUUCCCUCACGGUGCUUCAGGAGCCCCAACCUGUCCCUCAAACAGCCUCAUCUGAGGUGUCCUGGAUGAGCCUAGCAAUGGAAAAGACCAGAAGCCUGCAGCAGCUCUUUACUAGCAGAUUCCCCAGAGAUUUUACAGGCGUGCAGACUGUGGCUCGACCACAAGCACAAGUGCAGCCAACGAAUCAAGCAGAGACACUGACUGGUACACAAAUGCAAACACAGAGUGUAAAAAUGCAACAGAGUACAACACCAGUACAGGCUGCUGAUACAGUAAAAUCAACAGUGCAAAGUAGAAGUCAAGCACAGACUGUCAAACCAGUGCAACAGAAGACGUCAACGACAUCUAUAGCUCUGUCAAACACCUCAAGAGAAGCGCAAACGUCAAAACAAACCAGUGAAUCCCAGUCACACCCAGAUACAGCUCAGUCCGCCUCACAGUGUCCCACUCAUCCACCUGUACAGACCCACCCACGGACAACACAGUCUCCCUCGCUCUCUUCUACACAAACAGAGGCCUCAUGUCAGUUUGCACAAGGGAGUGCCACUCAGUGUCUUGCACAACCUCACCUUUCCUCGGGUCAGCAUGCCGCACCCCAACAACCUGCUUGGAACAAUCGAGGUCUCCACCUCACCAACCAGCUCAAACCCACGACGCCAGUUUCCACUACCUCAUCAGCCACAGCCCCUCCUCCAGUGUCUGCCUUGGGGAGAGGGGAAAGAGAAGCCAACGUGCAGGAAACAGAGGGUCCAUCCCUCUCAGGAAGACGAGCAGUUUGGGCCGGGUCAGUGGGCGAGAAGGCCGCUGUUCUGGAAAAACGGGCAGAGUGGACCACUCCACCUGGAACCAAGGGGGGGGAAUUGAAGAAAGCUCAAACAGAAGUGCAGACAUCAGCUGAAUCCCCUGCCUUGGCCAAAACCACACCUCUAAGCAAAGACACGAAACCAGAAGGAAGGCAAGGGGUAAAACUUGCAGAGUCAAGCCCCACCAAAGUUCCAGACAGGCCACGAGAGGACAAAUGGCUCCGGAAAAACAUGGCAUCUUCAUCGCCCUCAUCGUCACCCACACAGCCAUCAGUGCUGCAGUCCAUGUCUGAGAGUGGCCAGCCAUCCUGGAUGGAACUGGCGAAGAGGAAAUCAAUGGCCUGGAGCGACAAGACCAUGGACUAAGAAGGAAAACAGACAGAUAUACAGGGUAUGCAAACAAGAAUAUGAACAGCACUGCAGACCUUUAUCAAGGUUAAUGAGUUGGAUGUUUGGUGAGACUGAUGUUGAUACAACUCUUUGGUAAUUUAUGUAGUAAAGCUGAUGUGUUGAAUUGUAUUUAAUUGUAAAGUGUUAAUGUUAUACUGGAAGAUGGAGAGAGAGUAUAUGUUGAAAGGUUCACUAUAAUCCCUCUCCACUACAACCACUUUAAG